CUCUAACCAAUUCACACCGUCCAUUUCUUCAGACAGCAGAACUUGGUAUCCCAGGCACUCCUCAAGAUGGCAUCGCAAACAGGGCUCAGUGCAUGCUGCAUUUCUGGUUCUGUCCAUUCCGGAACUCCCAGCGGGCGAGAAGACACCAUUGGUGGUCUUCCUACAUAUAUCUCAGAGCCGAGUGACGGAUCGACUUCAAAGACUGUCGUGUUCGUGACAGACAUCUUCGGCUGGAAAUUUCAGAAUGUACGCCUGUUGGCCGACAAUUACGCCAAAGCUGGCUUUUAUGUCUACAUCCCAGAUCUUCACGAAGGAGACAGUUUGCCUAUUGAAUUUCUACAAAGCGUUGAGCCGUCUUUGAAAUCCAAGGAACAGGAGGGACUCCUUGAUAAGGCUAAGGAAACAGUGGAUAUUAUGGCGACCUUGGGUCCAUGGUUGAUCAAGCACCGAGAGGCUGUCGCGGAGCCACUUCUUUCGGGUUUCAUUAACACGGUCAAAAUGAUUCCAGGAACAAAUAAGGUUGGGGCAAUUGGCUUUUGCUGGGGUGGGCGCUAUGCCAUACUCCAAGCUCAUGCUCGCACUCAAGGACAAAUUGGAGGCGUGGAUGCGGCUUUUGCAGCUCAUCCUUCUCUCCUUGCUAUUCCUGCCGACCUCGAGCCCGUAUCAAAGCCCACAAGUCUUGCUGUGGGAGACAAAGAUAGCUUGCUGGACAUGAAGUCGGUUGAGCAGAUCCGCGAAGCUCUGGGGAAGACUGGUGUGCCCACCGAGGUGAAAGUGUACGAAGAUCAAAUCCACGGGUUUGCUCUGCGCAGCGAUUGGAGCAGUGACAAGGACAAGAAGGCCAUGGAUGAUACGGAGAAGCAGGGUAUUGAAUGGUUCAAGAAGUAUUUGUCCUAGAGCAAUCAAUCAAUCUCGACAG